AUGUCCAUCUACAAGUUACUAGACCGGCUCCCCUACGAGCUUUUGGAGCAUCUCUUCUCCUUCUUCACCAUCAAGGACGACCUUUCCACGCUCACUGCGUUGGCCGGUCACCCGGAAGUUGAUCCCCGGAUUAAAAGAGCGGUGUAUGGUCGGAUCUUGCGCUUUGUUGUGGUGGACCCUUCGUGCUGGGCCAAGGAGUUCACCCGGGGCGACUACUGGUACCCCACGCUUGUAGAGUUGAAGGGGUUCCUCCGUCAGGUCGACGGUGCCGUAGCCGUUGCCCUCACUUCAACGGUUCAAUUGUGUGUAUAUCACAAUUUCCAGCGCAACCGUCACGAUCUUGAGGAUGUAUUCCGACUACUUUCGGGCAAGACCGGCGCCCAUUUAAACCUCACCUAUCGGGUUUACGUAGAGGACAGGGAGGAGGAGGUGUGUAGAUGUGUAGGGGCUCUCGAGAGCCAUGGCAUUCUUCUCUCGUCCAUCACCGAUCUUCAAUUGGUUUGCACCAAUGGCGGACAUGUUCCCAUUCCGGGAAUUCCUCGUGACACCUCCUACCGAAGGGGUCUUCUAUUCCCGGAGGUCGUUCGGUAG